CAACUCGAUGGAGGAAAACUGAAAGAAACAUCCUCGACUAUUCCAACUUGGAGCGUCCAGAUAUCUGAAAAGUUUCUCAAUUUUAUCUUUCUCGGCAGAUGAUUGACCUCCCCAUUCAGGUCAAGGCAUGUGCCCAGAUCCAAUUUUGAAAUGAAAAGGUCCCAUAAUUUUGGUGGGACGUCUGAACAACGUUUUUAAUGUUACAGCAUCACCGAACUUACCAUUCAAAACACAGUCAACCGAUCAGCCAGCUAACAACCGGUCUCCAUCCCUUCCAUGAUGGACACUCAAAUAUGAAUUCUCCUAGCCCACUAUUAAAUACACGCAUGUGCUUGAGUAUAAAUAAAAGAAACAUGAGACAAGAUCUCCGCAUGAAAACCGUGUUUAUAUGAUAGCUGCGAAGAAGCACGAGUUAUCCUCCAAUUUCAAAUCUAUCCAUCGCUUCCAUUCUUGACACCGGUUUGGGAGCAAAGAGGUAUAUAUAUAUAUAUAAAACGUCUGCAAGAAGGGUAGGUGCCUGUACUCGUUAUUAGUAGAAAAAACGAGGGGGGAAUAUUUUCGGAAGAAGUUUGAGGAGGAACAGCUGUUGUUAGUAGAAAGGAGUUCAUAUUUUGUCACAAACAAAAUAUGGGACAUGGAAAUAACAUAGGUAAGUACCAGUUAGGUCGAACAAUCGGAGAGGGAACAUUUGCCAAGGUUAAGCUGGCUGUAGACAGCACUGAUGGUCGUCCUCUUGCAAUCAAGAUCAUGGAUAAGAACAAGGUCAUGCAAAGACAUCUCAAGGAUCAGGUGCAGAGGGAGAUAAGAGCUAUGAAGCUCGUGCACCACCCCGGCAUCGUAAGGAUACAUGAGGUGAUUGGCACAAAGACAAAGAUUUAUAUGGUAAUGGAAUAUGUACCAGGAGGACAACUAGCAGAUAAGCUGUCCUAUGCCAAGAAACUUCGUGAAUCGGAGGCCAGAAGAAUAUUCCAUCAAUUGAUAGAUGCCGUGGACUAUUGCCAUAACAGAGGAGUUUAUCACAGAGAUCUAAAGCCAGAGAACUUACUUCUGGACGGCAAAGGAAAUCUGAAAGUCUCUGACUUCGGACUAAGUGCAUUACAAAAGACCGAAAGCUUGCUAACUACAACAUGCGGGUCACCUUACUAUAUAGCACCUGAGCUUAUUGCAAAUAAGGGUUAUGAAGGAGCAGCUGCAGAUGUUUGGUCCUGUGGGGUAAUCCUUUUUGAGCUACUGUCGGGAUAUCUACCAUUUGACGAACGUAGCCUCAUAAUGUUGUAUAAGAAGAUAUCUGCAGCUGAUUACACAUGUCCACAGUGGUUUACAGAAAGUCAAAAGAAGCUAAUAUCAAGAAUAUUAGAUCCAAAUCCCAGAAAGAGAAUAACAUUACCAGAGAUCCUUGAAGAUGAAUGGUUUCAGAUAGAUUACGUGCCUUCUUGUGGAUAUGAAUGUGAUGAAAAAAUCUUCUUGGAUGAUGUUAAUGCUGCUUUCAAUGCCGAUGAGGACAACACCUCAGAAACAGAGACCCCUAAAUCCUCAAGUUUCGUAAACGCUUUCCAACUAAUAGCAAUGUCCCAUGAUCUUGAUUUAUCAGGUCUCUUCGAAGAACAGGAACACAGGAAGCAGAAAACCAGGCUGGUAUCCAAAUAUACAGUUAACGAAACCAUAAGGAAAAUAGAAGCUGCUGCAAUGGAUGUGGGUUUGUCAGUUGAAAGAAUGAACAAUUUCAAGAUGAAAAUGCAUCAGAAACCAAACAUGAAAAGAUAUACCAGAUCAUAUUAUGACCUAUCAGCAGAGGUAAUUGAGGUUGCUCCUAUGAAUUGCGUUGUCGAAAUAUCAAAAUCAGUAGGGGAGACAAGAUUGUACAAAGAGUUUUGCAAAAGUUUAUUGAGUUUGCUGACAAAGAUAUCAGAUGUAUCAUUGCAAAAGGAAGGAUCAGAAAAAUCAAGCAACAAUAGAAGCACUCAAGAGAUAAGCAGCUGUGAGGAGCAAAAUGAAAACGUGACUAAUGGCCUUCAAGGCUAUUCCUCUUCUUGAUGAUUACCUUAACCUGCAUUUGACCUGGCAUUUCACACUUUCAAGAACCUCAGAGAAACUGGACACUUUAUUAUAUGAUAAUCUUUCAACUGCAGAACCUAAGAACCAUUGACAAGUACCAUAAGGCAGCAGGGCACUGUUCCUCCACAGAAACAAGUCAGCCCUGUUGUGUACAGGACUGUUUGCUUGCCCCAAAUUCUCUCCCAUUUCUUCUUUCUUUUUCUUUUUCUCUUUAUAUAUAUA